CAGAUUGGUCAUUAUUAUAUAAAGCUUCCUCCAUGAAAAAAGAACAAAAAUUGAGUGAUGAAGCUCACACUUAUCAAAAGCACCGCCCAACAACAACAGCAACUCGUUAAGCUCAACCAAUUGCUCGCAAAGCUCACUCGCUCAAACCGUUGCUCCGAUUGCCUCCGCCUCUUCACCCAAAUCCACUCGUACCAGUACCCCAAACCAGACCACUACACCCUCUCCGCCGCUAUCACCGCCUGCGCGAAUCUCCGCGAGACCGCAUUCGGAAACCAGCUCCACGCCCAUGCUCUAUCCACGGGCCUCGGAGCCUACCCUCACGUUGCAAAUACUCUGCUUUCGCUUUAUGCUAAAGCGGAGGAUUUGGAUUCGGCGAGACGGGUCUUCGACGAGAUUGAGAGCCCGGAUGUUUAUUCGUGGACGACGGUGUUGUCAGCGUGUGCUAAGCUUGGGUGCGUUGAAGAUGCGUGGGAGAUGUUUGAUAAAAUGCCGAGAAGGGAGGUGGCGGUUUGGAAUGCGAUGAUUACGGGGUGUGUGGAGAAUGGGCGUACGGAGGUUGCUGUUCGUUUGUUUAGUGAAAUGCACAGGGUGGGUGUUAGGCAUGACAAUUACAGUUUUGCUAGUGUUUUGAGUAUGUGUCCUGUGGAGGCAUUGGGUUUAGGGAGGCAAUUGCAUUCAUUGGUGCUCAAAACCGGGUAUUUAGUUAGAGCUUCGGUGGUUAAUGCUCUGCUGACGAUGUACUUUAAUUGUGGACGCGUUGUCGAUGCUUAUGAGGUAUUUGAAGAAGCAGAAGCUGAGGUAUAUGAUCAGAUUACUUUUAAUGUGAUGAUAGAUGGUUUGUUAAGUGUGGGAAAGGAUCGCAAGGCCUUGGAAGUGUUCAGAGAGAUGCAAGAGGCUUCUCUCAGUCCUACUGAGCUGACUUUUGUGAGUGUGAUGGGAUCGUGUUCAUCUGCAAGAGUCGGGCAUCAAGUGCAUGCCCAAACGAUCAAGAUGGGUUUUGAAGCAUGUACAUCUGUGAGCAACGCGACUAUAACCAUGUAUUCCAAUUGUGGGGAUUUACAUGCUGCUCACAUGGUUUUUGAGAGACUGGAAGAGAAGGAUCUUGUCUCAUGGAACACCAUGAUUUCGAGCUACGCUCAAGGGAAUUUUGGUAAAUCAGCAAUCUUGGCCUACCUGCAUAUGCGAAGGGCAGGAACUGACCCUGACGAAUUUACUUUUGGAAGCUUGUUGGCAAGGUCAGAGUGCUUAGAAAUUGUGGAGAUGAUACACGCCCUUGCAUCUAAAAAUGGGCUCUUGUUGCAAAUCCAAGUAUCAAAUGCAUUAGUUUCUGGAUACUCUAGGCAUGGGAAGAUAAAGCAGGCUUAUCAAAUAUUCCACAAUAUCUACCCCGGAAAUUUGGUAUCCUGGAAUACUAUUAUUGCAGGAUCGUUGCUAAAUGGAUGUCCAAUACAGGGCUUAGAACAAUUCUCUCAAUUGCUGAAUACGGAACUAAGGCCGGAUGUGUAUACUCUCAGUCUUAUUUUGAGCAUUUGUGCAAGCAUUUCAUCCUUGCAACAUGGGAAACAGGUCCAUGGUUACAUUCUCAGAUUCGGGUUAUUUUCAGAGACGUCUUUGGGUAAUGCCCUCCUGACAACUUAUGCAAAAUGUGGGGUUUUAGAUUGGUCUUUGAGAGUGUUCAAUGCAAUGGUUGAAAGAGAUACAGUUUCUUGGAAUUCCCUAAUAUCGGCUUAUGCACAGCAUGGGCAAGGAGAAGAUGCCGUGAACUGCUUUGAGGCAAUGAAAGACUCAUCUGGGGUUGAACCAGAUCAGGCCACCUUCACUGCAGUUCUUUCUGCCUGCAGUCAUGCAGGUUUAGUUGAUGAUGGUACUCGGAUUUUCAACUCCAUGGUGAAAAAUUAUUGCUUGAUUCCUGGAGUGGAUCAUUUUUCUUGCAUUGUUGACCUUCUAGGUCGUGGUGGGUAUCUUGAUGAGGCAGAAAGAAUAAUAAAGAGUAAGCAUGUUGAAACACAUCCCAAUAUCUGGUGGACAUUGUUUAGUGCUUGUGCAGCUCACGGUAAUAUAAGACUAGCAAGAAUAAUUGCUGGAUUUCUUCUUGAAACUGAACGCAAUGAUCCAUCAAUCUAUGUGCUUUUGUCAAAUAUAUAUGCAGCUGUGGGACAAUGGGAAGAAUCAGCCAAGGUUAGGGAAUUGAUAAAGAGAACUGGGGUGAUGAAGCAACCUGGCUGCAGUUGGAUUGGAUCAUAAAACCUUCAAAGUUGUUUUAACCCCGUCAAUGGACAUUGGACAAUGACGUUUUAACCACUUGUUGCCGACCACGUGGUUAUGAGCUGGACAGUACAAAGACAUCAGAUGAAAGGGCUCCCCCAAACCAGAGCUGCCAUUCAUUUUCUCCAAAUCUCUAGAAGUGCCCAUUCUUUGUCCGACUUGUAUCAAAUCAAGGUUCAUAAAGGUUCUGCAUGGCCAGUCAAGCUAAAAGCGCAUUCAUCUCGAUCACAAUUAAACAGAAACUUGCCUGAAAUGCAAGGCCUGGUUGGUUGUUUUAUAUAAAGUAAUGGGUCUCAAUUAACAACAAA